AUGGCUACUGAGAAAUUUGGGAUCUUAAUUGAGAAGAAUCCUCCCGAGUCUAAACUCACCCAACUCGGUGUUCGAAAUUGGCCCAAGUGGGAUCUUAUUCCACCAAGCAAGUUUCCAUGGACUUUCAGUACAAAGGAGACUUGUUAUUUCCUACAAGGGAUAGUGAAAGUGUAUCCUGAUGGAUCCGAUGAGAGCGUAGAGAUCGAAGCAGGCGAUUAG